AAUUUAAAAAAAAAAAUAUUAAAAAAUAAAAGGGGACCCGCUUUUUGAACUGUUUAGAUUCUACAAGAAAUUCUAUUAUAAAGAAAUAUUUAAAAAUGAGCUUAUUUGUGGAAAUAGUAAAGUUUAAUUCCCAAACAAAUGGACGUGAUAAAUUAUUUAGACUUAUCCAAUAUUUUUCAAGAUUCUGUUCAUAUCAUUCUCAAGAUUCUAUGGCUGUCAAGAUGUCCAAUUUAGAGCAGGCAAUGAGCUCAACAAGGAAAGGUAAGGAGACUAAUUGCCCGAGGUUACUCUGUUAAAGGUCGGAAAGUUGAACUGAUUAAAAGAUACUAAGUACUAGUAGUUAAAAAACUCAAAAAAAAGACAGAAAAGUAAAGACAAGGCUCAAAUAUAGAAUUAGUAAUAAAUAAGGAAGAUUAAGUGUGAUAAUAGAAUAUUCUAUCUGUUCCUUUCAGCUCUUAGACUCGGAAAAACGUUGGAUUUUCUUCUGGCUACCAAAAAAUCAUUAAAACUCUCCGACCCUCUUCAUAAAAUUACCAUUACAGCGAGCAAAAUUUCUUUAGCUGUGUACAUGUUGGCCGAUCACGUAACCUGGUUUGCAAAAUUGGGUCUUAUAAAGACUGACACUACAAAAUGGUCUCAUAGGGCGUUUAAAUUCUGGCUUCUAUCAAUAAUAUUUAAUUUAGUCAGAGAUUUAUACGAAUUAUGUAACAUUUAUAUUAAUGAACGUCAUCGAAAGAAGACGCCUAAUACAUCCAAUUCUGGUGUUUCGACAUUCAAAAGAGCUUUAAAAAGACAUCCGGAAGUUGCUGUAGACUUUUUAAAAAAUUCGGCUGACGUUGUAAUUCCAUUAUCUGCUCUGGGCUAUUGCAAAUGCGCAAAUAAGGGUAUUACGGGACUUUUAGGCGUCAUCAGCUCCUUGUCAGCUAUUUGCGCUAUUGUGGCUCCAUCUUUGAAAUUAUCACCAGCAUAAGUCAACCAUACAACUAAAGAGAGAGAGAGAGAGAGAGAGAAGGAGAGAGAGAGAGGGAGAAAGAAAGAGAGUAAGAAAGAAGAAAGUUGAUAAGUUUUAUAAUAUUUCAUGAUUAAAACCAAGUUUGAAUUUUCAAGACACGAUUUAAUUUAAGUUUUGAACAUUUAAUUGAAACGCCAAAGAAAAUGAAUACAAAAAAAGAAACAUAAUUUAUCUUAUUUAUAAAGAAUUGAAUAGCAAUUUUCUUAUAGAUUAUUCCACUGUCUAUUUAUAAAUACUGUAGUCCAACUAACUUUAUCAAUGGGCUAAAAUUAUAGAUUAAGAAUAUUCUAUGGUUUUUAGUCUUUUAUCCAGGAAAUUGAUCAAGAUCUUUCUAUAAUCGACAACUCCUUAGAGGAAAGCUUUAAGUCAUUAAAAUUCCCAAGAUGUGAGAAAAGAGAAAUUCAGAGAGCAUCUGGUUUGUAAUCAUUUAGCGAAAACAAAACUUACUUUUUGUCCCGAAUUACAUUCCAAGAUGAUAGCUCUUUUCAUCUAAUAGAAGCGCCGCCUAUCUAUUUAAGAUAUUGGGAACUCAUCGACAAAAUUGUAUUCCUUUGAACAAUUGGUUGAUGAAAAAAAAGAAAAAGUCGAUAACAAAACUGCAACAGUAAACUGUUUGAUUUGUAAAACAUCAAGAAUGAGAGCCUUUUGUAGGAAACCUUCUCGGGUACAGUCAACAGCCCUCAUGAAAGUUGGGUGUUCGGCUUUGGCUUCUAAAAAUACUUUGUAUUCUGAGGCUGUUCUCUAAAAUCCUAACAAACAAGUAGAAUAGGAGAAUAUAUAGUAUUAUUCCUUCACCUUCUACUCGUCAAUCUACUAAAUUCUGUAACCGAGCUGAAAGAACCAUAACUAAUCAGAUAUAGCUAUUGGCGUCUUUCUCUUUCAUGUUUAGAAUAAGAAAUUAAUUUAGACGCUUUUUCUACUUCACAAAUCAUAAGUAGACAAUUAUCCACUUUAUGCAAAUUUUUAC